GUUUCAGGUCUUUAUUGCUUUAUUUUUAUUCAAGCUAGACUGAUGAAGCUGAUACCGAUUUUUAUAUUUUCCCUAAUUUACAAUUUAGAAGCCGGUGACAUUUUAAAAGUAAAGUGUCCUUCGGAGCAAAUAUGUGCAGGAUCUAGUCUCAAUAAGCCAAUUUGCGUUUAUGAUGAAGAUAAGAACUGCAUUCGGAUCUAUAAGUCUAUGUGUCAUCUGUCUAUAACCGGGUGUCGCGAAAGUAAAAAACACUACGACUAUAGUAGUGACUACUGCGGCAUGGACGGCUGGCUGUGCGACGAUCCCCCUUACGAACGGUGGACGCUCUUCUUUGGGCACUAG